UAUUUUAUUUUCAAAUAAUUGAAUUUAUAAGUCAGUGAAAGGUAAAAAAAUACAAAAUAAAAUUUUCGUGACAAUACUGAAUGAAAUAAACAAUUUUUUCGAUUUUUUUUUUGCGCCUUCAAGUCCAUCCGAGGUUUGAAAUUGUAAAUUAAAUUUUAAUCGAAACACUUUGUUGAUUAAAAUUCACUGAAAAAUUAUAAUAAAUAAUUUAAUAAAUACAAUGAAUUAAAGUAAAAAAAUAAAAUAAAAUAAACGAAAUAUUUUGAAAAAAAUGACUCGCAUUUAAAUUGAGGAUUUUCGUCGACAGUAUUUUGUAAAGUAAUAAAUGCGAUUAAAAAGGAAAAAUUUAAUCCGCAAGUAAGCAUCAUCAUUAAGAAAUGAGAAAUAUCUUUAUAAGAUAUUGUAUAGCCGUGUAUUCACAGACAAACAGUCGAAUUAAUUAAGGAAUCAAAUUUAUAAUGACUCAUUAGGCUUAAGAAUUAAUAUUAAGCUGCUAAGUGCAAUGUGUUCCGUGUAUUAAAAAAAAAAAAAAAAUGAAAUGUGACUGCUUUGGCAUGCGCCUUAAAAAAAACAUUGUGAUGCAGGGCCGACAGCUUACCAAAAUAUUUAAAUUUUAAAUUCCCCCAACCGAAUUGAUUUAAAAUAAAAAAAAAUUUCCUAAAAUAAAAUAUUUUCCCUUUUUUUGAAAAAUAGAAAAUAAUUUUCCCCCUUAGCACGGGUUGGCCUUGUCAGUGUGUCUGUGAACACGAUAAGUACGUGAUGAAUUUUUAUUAUAAAUGAAAAGAGAAAACAUAACAAAAAAAUGAAACUAGUGUUUCUAUUUUAACGUGCGUAGAAUGUUUUUUUUCAUUUUCGUCUCAAUUUUUCUUGAAAGAAAAAAAUUAAAAUAAUAUGAUGACAGAAAAUAAAACGUUGAUUCGCGCUGUCUGACCUGCACGAAAAAAUUCAUGUAUUUUUUCAAGUAUUGUACAUUAAACUAUAAAUAAUUAAUUAUACAAAGUAUAAAUAGUAUCGGAAAUUAUAUGAAUAUAUAAAUAUAAAUGAAUAAAAAUCAUUAUUGUAACAUUGUAGACUACGCGUUAUUAAUAAACAAUUUCGAAUACACAUAAUUAAAAGAAGACCAAUUAUUAAAAAUUUUGGUAAUAAUGGCGACUGAUGAAUGCAAAUGUAAUGAAUCGACCAUUGUUGAAGGAAUUUUUGGCGAAAUACUUUCAGGAAGCACGACGAAAGUUUCUGUAAAAUCGUCAGUGGAUGAUCAAUUUGAUGUGGAGGGUUUGUCGACCGGUGGAGGUGAUCAAUCGGUAUAUGGAGCAGUAAAAAUUAAAUCUUACACAAUGACAAAUUCGAAUCGAAUGGAAGUUGUAUUAAUUUCCUGGGGUGCUUCUAUUGUAUCUUUGAAAUGUCCAGACAAAUUCGGCAGAUCUGAAGAUAUUGUUCUCGGAUUUGAUCACAUAGAAAACUACAUUGAUCCGGUGAUUAAUCAGUACAUUGGAUGCAUUCUUGGAAGAUAUUGCAACCGAAUAAAAGACGGUUCAUUUAUUAUCGGUGGAAAAAUGUACCAGUUAUCUAAAAAUGACGAAAAUAAACAUCAUCUUCAUGGAGGGGUAAAUGGAUUUGGUCGUCAAUUGUGGAAUUCUCAAAUUGAUGGUUGCAGUGUUAUUAUGAGUUAUUUAAGUGACGAUUUCGAAGAGGGUUAUCCAGGAGCUCUUUUAGUCACUGUUCGAUUCAAAUUAAGAUUCGACAACAAAUUGGAAAUUUCUAUUCGUGCAACAACAACGAAACCAACAAUUGUCAAUUUGUCGUAUUCUCCGUAUUUUAAUCUCGCUGGCCACGAUGCUGGAGUUUUUGAAUUAGAGAAUCACAAAAUAUCAUUAAAUUGCGAUCGCUGGACGUUCGCCGAUUUUUCGGAUCCUGUGCCUUCAGGUGCCGUACGAGGAGUCGGUGGAACUAUUAUGGAUCUUCGAAUUUCUCAACUUUUGGGAAAUGUUAUGUAUAAGGUUCCUGCUGGUCAAGGAUAUGAUCAUAAUUUCUGCGUUCUUAAAAGCCAAUCUGGUACUUCAUUUGUCGCUAGAGCUUUGCAUGAAAAAACUGGACGGGUUUUAGAAAUUUAUUCCAACCAACAAGGAGUUCAAUUUAAUACAGGUGGUCGUCUGCCUCCUUAUUCAUUUGAGGAAAAAUCUUCUGAUUCCAAUUUUUUGCAGUCAAGAAAGGAGAGUAUAAAUUCUAUAAAAGCAAUGAGUGAAGUAAAAAGUGCAGAAUUCGGAGAAUACAUAGAUUCAGAGAAUGAUUCGGUGGUGGAAAAAAUAAUUCAAAUGGAAAUUGAGGACGAUAAAAUGUCUUUAAUUAAUAAUCUUGAAUUUAUACCAGGCAAGAAUGGAGCUCGUUAUAAAAAAUUUUGUGCUUUCAGUAUUCAACCACAAAAUUAUCCCAAUGCUGUGAAUGUCUGUCAUUUUCCUUGUUCUGUUCUUCGGCCCGGGCAAGAAUACAGUAACGACAUUAUAUACAAAUUUGGAGUGCAACUAGCAAAUUAUAUGUAAUUUCAUCAUAAUUAACAAGUAAGUGAAACAAUAAACUCGGGUGCGAGAAAUUUUCUCAAAAAAAAAAU